GACAAGUACGGUGCCAUAGAGUCACUGUGCCAGAUCAUUGCUUGUCUAAUGCUGAGAUAGAGUGGUCCUGAGGAGUUGGAUGGCUGAGCCUGUGGGAGCUGUGAAACCCUGAGAGUUUUGCUUUUACCUUCCUGGUUCCAAUCUGCAACAGAAAGAUCUACUUGCUACUUUGUAUCAGCCUCGAGUGCAGCGGGAGAGUAGAGAGGGUCCGCAUCUGAUUGGAUCUGGAUAUUAAAACUUGUUGCUGGGUCUCUGCUCAGAGGAAAGAUGGAGCUAUGUACAAUGCUCAGUGUGAUCACCGCGUGCCUGUUCUCGAUGGGAGUUUUGCUGGGGUUUGGAGAAGGUUCUGCUCUCGUGUUACCAGAUAGUAGGACACAUACUCGAUCUCUAGAGAAGAGCGCGUGGAGAGCAUUCAAAGAAUCGCAGUGUCACCACAUGCUUAAACACCUUAACAGUGGAGCCCGUGUCACUGUGCAGAUGCCCCCAGUUAUUGAAGGUCAUUGGGUUUCUACAGGAUGUGAAGUGCGAUCCGGACCAGAAUUUAUCACAAGAUCCUACAGAUUUUACAACAAUAAUACAUUCAAAGCAUAUCAGUUCUAUUACGGAAAUUACCAUUGUACAGACCCUACUUACACUCUGGUUAUCCAUGGCAAAACACGGCUUCGCCAAGCUUCCUGGAUCAUCCGAGGUGGAACAGAAGCGGAUUACCAACUGCAUAAUGUGCAAAUCAUUCCUCACACUGAAGAAGUGGCAGAAAAACUUACCUGGAUGGUAAACCAGUCCUGCCCCGACUUUAUCCCAGCUGAUAAACUCUUGGAAGUAGAUGUUGCCUACGAUUUGUGGAGAGAAGAAAAUGGUUUUAAGUGUGGUUUUAGGUGUGUGAAAGCUCUUAACUUUGCAAUGCAUGAGCUCCAGCUGAUCCGGGUAGAGAUACAAUAUAUGCACCACAAUUUGGACCAUUUAUUAGAGGAGCUAUUCCUAGGGGACAUUCAUACAGAUGCUUCACAGAGGAUGUAUUAUAGACCAUCUAGUUACCAGCCCCCACUACAAAAUGCCAAGAACCACGAUCAGUCAUGCGUUGCCUGCAAAAUCAUUAUCCACUCAGACGAAUACCACCCUCCAAUAUUGCCUCCCAAAGCUGACUUGACAGUCAGACUGAACGGACAGUGGGUCAGCCAGAGAUGCGAAGUGCGUCCUGCGGUCUUGUUCUUAACCAGACACUUUAUUUUCCAUGACAGCAACCACACCUGGGAAGGAUUUUACUACCAUUUUUCAGACCCCAUUUGCAAGCAUCCUACUUUCACCAUUUAUGCCAAAGGCCGUUACAGCAGGGGAUUACACUCCACUAAAGUCAUGGGUGGGACAGAAUUUGUGUUCAAAGUAAAUCACAUGAAAGUAACCCCCAUGGAUUCUGCCACUGCUUCCUUAUUAAAUUUCUUCAAUGGGGAUGAGUGUGGGCCGGAGGGUUCGUGGAAAGUUGGUAUUGAGCAGGAUGUCACUCACACCAAUGGUUGCGUAGCACUUGGAAUAAGGCUACCACACACAGAAUAUGAGCUCUUUAGAAUGGAGCAAGAUACUCGAGGAGUUUACUUGCUCUAUAAUGGCCAAAGACCAAGCGAUGGCUCCAGCCCAGAUAGACCUGAACGGAGAGCGACCUCUUACCAAGUGCCUCUUGUCCAAUGUGCCUCCUCCUCUCUGUUAACUGAGGGGACCCUGGAAGGACAUCAAAAAGCCCAGAACAGGAAUUCUGCAACUGACCACACUCGCCUAUACUGGCUUUCCAAUGUUGUACUUGUGUUUAUUUGUACUAUUCUACAUUUGGACCUUCUAGCCUAAAAAUAAGGAGGAACAAAUUCUUUCGCUGUUAAAUUUGGAUAUUAUGGGACCAAGGAUAUCUAUUUCUUUGUGGAAAUUACAUUUGUUUACUUGACGCACUUGGAUGCCUGAGAACUGUUGCCCCAUUGUCAUUCAUAUCCCUUCCUUCCCCUUCCCUCUCUUCCUUUGGUCUUCUUUUAAACAGUCGGACAAUUGUGUUUGAAGUUUGGUCUUUGAACUUCGCCCAGCUCGACCUUGCCUUAUGUGACUGCACAACAGUAAUUGCACUUUAGGUCGGCAGACACCAUUCUGUUAAAAUAUUGCUGGAGCUUAAUUAGUUUACAGAAAUAUUAAGCCAUGUUUUGUCUGUACCUUAUUGCUGUUGUGAAACUUUCCACAAAUGCCAUUUUUAAGCAGUGUUGAAAUAGCAGGAUUUAUUUUGUACAGUAUUGUGUCGCUACCUAAAUAUUGCUCGUUUUAUAUUUGAACUUCUCUGGGAUCUAACGGACUGUUUUUUUGUUUUUUUUAACCCACCAGAAAAUAGAAAAUGACAAAAUAUUUGCUGUAAAUAUCUGUUUAAUGUACAUAAAUGUAAAUGAAAGAUUAAUUGAUUUAUAUUAACAUAUUACAUGUUUUACACCAAAGAAUAAAGAUGAGACAGUUUUAAAA